AUCUUCACAGGACUGGAUUUGAUUUCACUACUUUAUGACGUUGUCCAGUUGCUUCAAUUGAUGAAGGUUAACUUUUUAAGCAAUCCAUGCUUUUUACAUUAUUUUACUAUCGAAAUUUACGACCGCGUUUGGGAGGAACCGGUGGCGGUGAAGAUUCCGUUGGCGGGGACGAACGAAAAGUCAUUGAGAAUGAUCUGCAACGAGAUGAGAAUGCUGAAAAUUGCCCAGCAUCCGCACGUUGUACGACUGUUGGGUGCCGUCGUUAAAGGCCCAUAUCCUUGCCUGGUUUUGGAGCUGAUGCGCUACGGUGACCUUACGCACUACCUGCGUCACUGUACCCCCGAAAACGCCAGCGAACAGCUAGACUUACCAAGCAUCACCUACGACCGCGAUUCACUCAGUCUCGCUGAUCAGCUGAAUAUCGCUUUACAGAUCGCGUCCGCCAUGGAAUACCUAUCCAGCUUAGGAAUGCUGCAUCGCGACCUGGCUUGCAGGAACUGUGUCGUUGGAGACGAGUUGCAGGUAAAGGUGUGCGAUUUUGGACACUGCUGCCAGCUGUCAGAUCCAGAAACCGAGUACUUCAUAGGUAAGCAAGAAGAGGAAUUGCCGAUACGCUGGAGUGCUCCGGAAGUGCUGCGUGACAAGCGCUUUUCAGUCCAUUCCGACAUUUGGUCAUACGGAGUGGUGCUGUGGGAAAUUUACACGUUCGCCAUGGUGCCGUACACCGGCAUGAGUUCCAGCGAGGUAACAGAACUAGUGCUUAACGGAGGACAUUUGCAACCGCCCGACUUAGCGACCGAACUCAUUCAACGCAUGAUGAUCAGCUGCUGGAACGUCCAGGCAGACAAUCGUCCAUCAUUCAGUGAGAUAAGUGUGGCUCUGAAAACUGAAAAAAAGAUUCUUAAAUCAAAAUGA